AUGAAAAAGAACAAACAAGUUUCAGCCAAAUCGCAGUAUUUAAAAAAGAAAAAGGAAAUGCCAAGUGGAGUAGAUGAUUUAGCAACUCAUGAAGAGAAUGACAUUCAUUCUUUUAAUUAGUUAAAACAAUAACAGAAUCCAAAAUUUUAACAAAUUGCUAUAAAAGAAGGAGAUACAAGUUCAAGUGAUGAUGAAGGGGAACUCAAGAACAGAGAUGAUCCUGAUGAAUAAUCACGUUUUGUAUUAGGGUUAAUCUAAAAGAAUGUACUAGUUUAAAAUAUAAUGAAAAUAGAGAGUAAAUGAAAAAAAUUCAUUUGAGAUACCAAUGAUCAAUAUUAAAGAUCUAAAUGCAUUUAAAUGUAUGUGAUUAUUCAUAUUUUAGAAAUCGAAUAAGGAGAUGCUUGGAAACAAAUAUCCGCUUCAUUAGAUGCGGGAUCGAAAAUAUAUGGAUUUAGAGUGGAUUUAGUUCAUUAAAACACAUUUAAAGUACUUGGAGGUUUGCAUAGAACCUAAAUUAAUGAAAAACAAAAUUAAGAAGAAUAGCAAGAAUAUGAAUAAGAAUAAUUGAGAAAAAAGAAAUUAUAAAAUACGGGAGGUGAGAACACAUUAGAGAAAAAUCAAGCAAAUAUAGACACAAAUAAAUAUGAUUUAGAAUUUGAAAUUGAUCCUCUAUUUUAAUAAACAUCAGCAAAAUUUGAUGAAGCAGGAGCUAAAGGAUUAUUAAUGAAUAAUCUAACAAUAAAUGAGAAUUUGAUGCUUGCAUUAGAUUCUGAUGUAUUACCCAUUAAACCUAUCACAUGUUCAUUGAAUAUAGAAAGUAACAUAUUAAAAAUAUAAAUAGAAUAUAAGUCCUUUUUAAAGAAUUUACACAAUUUAAAAUUGUGUCCAGAAUUAACUGAAUUUAGAGAGAAUAUGUUUCAAAAAGGAUAAAAUAUAAUAGAAAUCAAAUAAAACAUAUCAUUUGCUAAUGUGAUGGACCCAAUAGCUCUGAAUAUGGAUUUUAAUUAAGAGGAUUAAUUAUAUGAGAAUAUGAAUAUGCAAGAUGAGAUAAUGGAUGAAUAAGCAUCUAUACUUUCAGUAAAUCAAUUUUAAAAUGCUAUUGUUAAUUAAUAAAGUGGAAACAAAUUUUCAUAACAUAAAUUCAAUAUUUUAAAUUUUGAAUAAGCAGCAGCUAAUAUUGGAACAGGAAAGGUCUUUGAAAAUGAAAAAGAAUAAGUUGCAUGGAUGGCUUUGGAUAUGAACUAAUAACCUAAAAAAAAAAAUAUUACUUAAUUAAAUGAAAAGCCCAAGAAGAACAAAACUAAAAAGAAAAAUGGUUUACUUUUUACUUUUGAUGCUGAAGAGGAUGACAAAGAUUUAGAUAGAUAAAAUAUUCUUUAAAAAAGGGAAAAGGAAAACUAUUGCAAUAACAAAGAAACAAUGAAUUAAUUAUAUCUAUUGCCUAAAUCUUAUCAAAUAGAUAGAUAAGAGUAACUAUAAUUAUUUAUUAUAUUAGUUUAUGUUAACCAUUUUAGGUAUCCAAAUUACCAAAAUGGGAGGAAGAUAUUUAAGAGUAGCCAUUUUUAUAAAAUGAUAAUUUUGAUAUAGGAGUUAUAGAUGAAGAUCCUUAACAAUUGAUAACCUAAUAAAAUACUGCCUUUAAUUCAGCAUAUAAAAAUACUAAUAAUACAUAAGGAAAAUUGAAUAUUCCAAUUAAAGAAUUAAAAACUUAAGUUUGGUAAAAUUUAUAAUAAUCAAUACCUGUAUUUUAUUAUAAUUCUAUACAUAUAGUUAUCAACAGAGCAUUCAGGUUUAGAAUUUAAUGAGAUUAAUAAAAUUUUACCUAAGAUUUUAAAAAUUCCUUAAUCCAAAGGUAGGGUUUCAAUACAAACUUGUUUUGUUACAAUGUUACAUUUAGCUAAUGAAUAAGGAUUGAAGUUUAUUCAAAAUGAUACUGAAAACGAUUUUGUUAUUCAAAGAGAAAUAUUGCCUCAAUAAUCAUGA